AUGGGAACAGCCAACAACACUCCUUCAGACAUACAACUCUUUGGUAAAGAGAAGUUAAGAAGUUACUCCCAGCUUGACAUGUGUCACACAUUUGACCUUCUCUCAAACCUUCACAAGUUGCUCCCAAAUCAUAUGGUGGAAGUGCUUCAUUCGUACAGAAGUGAAGAGGACAAAACCAAAUGUGAGAAUUCUGAAUUCUCUGGCUUGGAAAAGAUCUUAGCAAGACAUCAGUUGCCAAAGGAGGUUAGUCUGACUCCAAAGCCAAGCAAAGUACCCUUGUGGAGAAGAAAAAUCAUCAACAAUAUAAGUGGCAACUGGAAGAAAUAUCAUAUGUGGAAGAAAAACACAUAUGAGCCUCCCAUGUGCACCAUCGUCAUCAGGUGGGCAAAAAAGAACAUGGGACCCACGGCAGACCUCAAGUCGGUGAUCCAAAGACUGUCAGAGUUUGGACCAAUUACCUCAGUCACUCCGUGUGGACGACAAAGUGCUAUUGUGGUGUUCAAAGAUAUGACCUCAGCUUGCAAGGCUGUGAAUGCUUUUCACCGCAUCUCAGUAGGCACAAUGUUGCAGUGCUCAUGGAAGCAGCGAUUCAUGUCAAAAACUAAAUCUUGGUCAAGAAAAUGUACUUCAAGAACAAAAUAA